AUGCCCCGGUUGGCAGACAUGAGUCUCUGGAUGGCUCGAAAAUCGUACUUCUCAUUGUUCACGGUUUGCUUUUGCAUCAAUUAUCUGAUUGAACCCUCUCCUCGUGGGGUGCAGAGACCCAUGUUACAGAGAAGAAGCUCCCUGGGCUCAGACCUGGUUUGCAGAGACUUGGCUAAAGGCACCAAGAAGGUCGGAAUCCUCAGUAAAUACGGGAGCCAGGAUAGUGCCUUGUGCAGGAAAAUGGUGAAGAAGAUUGAACUAAGCCAGCACAGUGGUUUCCAUUGCGCCUUCUGUGGCAAAACCAAAAUGGAAAGACGAGCCUCAGGGAUCCGGCACUGUGGUUCUUGCAUGAAAACAGUGGCCGGCGGUGCCUGGCCCUGGGACACGGCUUCUGCCGUCACAGUGAAGUCUACCCAGCGGAGGCUGGAGGACCUGAAAAUCCCCUAG